AUGAGGCGCAUGCGCGCGGUGGGCGGGCGCUGGGGCAGCGGCGCGGUGCCGGGGGGGCGGGCGGUGCUCGGUGCCGCCGCCGGGCGCGGCGGGGCCGCGGAGCCGGCCCAGGCGGGCGGCGGGCGGCAGGGCUGGCGGGGCGAGUCGCGGGGGUCGCCGCAGCAGCUGGCGGAGCGGUACGCGGACUUGGCGGCCAGCCACAGCGAGGCGCUGCGGCAGCGGGAGGAGCGCGAGUGGCACAACGCGCGGCUGCGCCAGGAGAACGCGCGGCUGCGGCUGGAGAACCGCCGCCUGCGCCGCGAGAAUCGCUGCCUCUUCCGGCAGGCCCUGCUGGGGCCCGGCCCCGACAAGCCCCCCGCCGAGCCGGGUGAGGAGGCGGAGGCCCUGCGCGCCCAGCUGGGGCAGCUGCAGGAGAAGCACCGCCGGGCCUUGCGGCACCUGCGGCGCUGCCGGGCCGCCGGCGGGCCCGAGGCCGCGGGAGCCGAGGACGGGGAGCUGGACGAGCUGCUGCUGGACGAGGACGAGCAGCCGUUGGACAAGAAGAGCCUGGUGCCGGCCGUGUAGGCGGCCCCGGUGGAAGGGGCGGUGCCGGCCGUGCUGCGGGCUCUCCCCGCCGCUCUCCCCUGGCGCCUCCCCUCUCUGCUCCCGGCUCUGACCCCCGUGCAGCGCGGGGCCGCUCCUCCGCUCCCCCGGUCGGAACGGGCCCUUCCACGAAAGUGGGGGGGAGGAGUUCAGGCUUUUUAAUCCUUUUCCCAGAUGUAUACCCAGGAGGCACUGACGGUGAUCAAGGGCAGCCAGGUUCAUGUGAGAAGCUGAGGCUUGGCACACGAGAGGAAUCUCUCAAAGCGGCUGUUGUGAAGAAAAGAGCCGCGACGAACAGGACACUUGUGUCUCCUGUCAUCCCCCAGCAUUGAACUGUGGUUCCUCUGGAGCUGUGGAUCGAUCACCUUUUCUCUCUUGAGUUAGUGUCCAUCGUGUAGGCUUCAAGAGCCACGGAGACAGUUCUUUGUAGUUGGUGUAUGUUAGGAAGAGGAGUGGAGGAAGCUUGAAUGCUUUUGUCCGUGCUCCAGUAAAAUUUGAUGAUAAUUUGAACUAUGAAUUGCCUUGGACACUUCCUGCAGAACACUCUGUAUUUUUAAAGAUUGCCUUCAUUCACCCUCACGUGAAUACUGAUUUUAAUUUUACAUUUUCACACAAAACUGCAGCUAAUAAAUAAACUUAUACAUCAAA